CAAUUUAACAUUGUGUCCGAAAACGUUUUUGUUUUCUCGAAAAACAUAAAUACUUAUUCUCUCUAUGGUAGUUUAUUCGAAACAUUUCUCGGCCCUACAAAUACUUAGCGAGUUACGCUACCAGAGGUAACAUACAAAAAAUCAGUGUUUUCAUUUGAAGUAUGAGUAAUUGUUUGUUUCAUGGAAUUCCAAACGCAGAGAUGCUAGUAAGCGCCUUUCUGCGACCUCAAUAGGACAGCGCCUAAUUGGGUAAUCACAUAUUACAGGUAUUUGGGAGUCAGAUCGUAAUAAUUAUUACAUCACUGUUUCAACGCUGAAUACUCUGUAGAUAAUCCAUACAUUGUAGUCAAUACGAAAUGCAAGCCUACAUUAUUACGCAAACUUUCUGAUUAUAACACAGAAUUUUCCUUUUUAUUCUAUUCUCUCUCACAGAACACAUUACAGAGCAAUAGGAGAACGCGGCGGUAAAACUGAAAAAAUCGAAAUAGCCACUCCUCAGUAUGAUAAAGAAAACUAACCCUUCUAAAUCCCCGUCAAAUAAAUAUUAUCGACGGGGUGAAGUGGUAGGCUUUGAAGAAGAUCAAACUCACGAAUUUAAGGGUCAUCGAAACAUAAGUAUUGAAGAAAUUCCUCCCUGGUGUAUCAACAAUUCCGAUAAUAACAGGACAAGGAAUGCAGUAUCCAGGAAUCUGUGUGGCUUCUUGAAUUCAGGAUGGGGUGGUACUGUGUACAUUGGUAUACUUGAUGGAGGCAGCGUUCAGGGGGUGCGACUAACACAGUAUCAACAAGAUCAUUUGUCACUCAGUCUUCAGGAUGCCAUGAAUGCUUUCAGACCGCCUGUUCCACAUUUUAUGUACAACACUGAAUUUAUACCUGUUCUUGAACCACAAGAUAAAUAUCCGUGUCAAUUCAUACCAGUUCCUGAGGAUGUCCGUCAACAACCUCAUUAUCUUCGCUCACAUUCGUUCUGCUGGUGUGAUUAUGAUGCUUUAGGAAGUUACCAUAAUGGUAUCAUUCCUUUAUCAUAUGUUGUGGAAAUCACUGUUCUACCAUUAAACUGCAAUGAUCCAAGGGUCUGUGCCCUGAUGCCUGACUUCAAGAUACCAACUUCUCUUAUCUUCCAAUGUGAGGAUGGCCAGAUAUAUUUCAGGAAACAUUCUACACUUAUCAAGUAUUCGUUUUGUGACGUGGAGGAGCAUACCAGAGAAGAAGUGUUGCUUUACAAAAUGCCACAGCUGAUGGAAGCAUGGAGAGAAUGGAGGACAUACAGCAGAUUGUUGCAACUUGUCAAUGAAGUCAUAGCUCGGCAGAAACAUCUUCACACACAUAUAACCAAUACAAAUUAUGGUUAUGAAACACUAAAAGAUAAGAUGCAGCCAAAAAGUGGAUGAUCAGAUGCUGUAACCACAACUAGAUGUUUGAAAUGCACUGAAGACAGGAAGUUUCUCUUAUGUUCCUUAUAUUUAUAUGUUUAUGUGAUUUUGUGUGGAGUUUAUGUUAUUUCGUAGUCUUGCAAAAAACCUAACAAAAGUUGCAAUUUUUUAAAAUAUAUAUUACCACAGAAAUUUUCAGAAUCCAACACGAGUAAUGUUAAUGUUAUUCCCCCACCUCAAAAGUUCAUAUGACCUCCAUGAUGGUAUUAACCCUUUUAAGCCAAACGGUAACUGUUAAGCUACCUUAAUAAUCAAUAACGCUUUAUUUUGUAUUUGUGUUUCCUGUGAUUCUCACUGUAAACAGCAAUUACUUCCUUAAAUUUCAUUAACCACUUGAUGUUUGUAAUUGUGAAGUGUUAUGUUUUAUUUGCAGUACAGACUAGAUGUUUAAAUAUUAUACAGACGGGUUUCAGCUUCAAAGGUUAAUGAUAAUAGGAAACUGAGAGGCAUAAAGAUGGAGUGGCAUCUACUUCAGGAUUGUCAUAUCAAGUUCAAUGAAGAUCAGUCAGAUAUAUAAAAAUUAUGAUGUGGCUUUCA